CCCAAAUCAUUAAACAACCGUUAUCAAAGGGGGUACUCGAAACACCAAUCCCAUCAAACUUCGCGAGCAUCGGCCUACCCUCAUACGACCGAAAAUCUGACCCAGAAGAUCACCUAAGUACGUUCUGCCGCAAAAUGCAACUCCUCAAUGCGUCCGACGCUGCCUUGUGCAAGGCAUUCCCCUCAACCUUCACCGGAGGAUGUAGUAGUUGGUACUCCUCACUUCCAGAGGGCAUCAUUCAGAGCUUUUCUCAAUUUGCUUUGUUAUUUACAACAAAGUACGCAAGCCAAAAGAAGCAAACGCUAAUGGUUCGUGCGCUUGUCAAUCUUAAGCAAAGGAAGGGGGAGAGCCUCAGGCACUUCAUGGGGCGAUGGUGGGAAGUCGCGGCCGACGUCAAAGACUUAACCCCUCCACUCAUGCGCACCAAUCUAAUGGAUGCAAGUACCAACGAAGAACUAAGGCGCUCCCUAGCCAAAUGAGAGAUACGACAAGUAGCUGAAUUAGAAGAAAAGAUUCAAAAGGCAAUCCUCAUGGAGGAGGCGCUAGGGGCAAAGGAGGAGGAGCAAGGAAGUGGGUCCAGGCACCCAGCUCAAAAUGGGAGGGGCGAGGCGCCUAGAACCAGAAGGCGGAGUCCAGAUCGGCGAGAUGAUGCCCGACGUCCCAAUGUCUGGGUAAGAAGAGACGUUCUUGCAAAUUCACAAGAGCCUCGCCGAGACCGAACCAACCGCGAGAAUGCAAACCAACCUCGGGGGCAAGCAGAUAUGUACUGCGAGUAUCACAACUCUCGCACCCAUAACACCGUUGACUGCCACUACUUCAAAAAAGCACUUAAGAUAAUCUCUGAUCGGGGGGGAGUAAGAGAAAUGUUCCAGAAAGCAGAACAAGGAAAUCGGUCCCCGCGGGAGUGCAGUCGCUCUCCAGCCGCAAGACCACCAGUACAGGAGCGCCUAGGUCCUAAUCCAAACGUCAAAGAGAUAAGAACCAUCGCAGGAGGGGAGCCCAACCGAAAGAAGAAGCGCAAGGGGCAAGCAAGUGACACAUGGUGUAUGAAGAUCGCAAAGCAAGAGGGUCCCGACUUGUCAUUUACGUCACAAGACUAUCCCCCGGAGGGCCCGUCUGAAAAUCCCCUUGUCAUCAAUAUACAGGUGGAAGGGUACAAGGUGUUCGGAGUACUGGUAGAUAGUGGGAGCUCCGCUGACAUACUGUUCUAUUCCUGCUGACGCCAAAUGCAAGCACCUCCUGAGGUCAUGAAAGCCUCAGAAGCCCAACUUGUCGGCUUUUCUGGAGCAAAGGUGAAGGUACUAGGGACUGCGCGCUUAAGAGUCAAGGUAGGAGACGAGGAACCAAGUGCCACGCACCCGGUGGACUUCCACAUUGCCGAUUGCCCGUCCGCAUAUAAUUCCAUCCUAGGGAGGCCCUUCCUAGCUCGGUUCGGAGCUGUAGCGUCAACCUGCCAUCAGGCCAUGAAAUUCCAAACGCCCCAGGGAAUGGGGAUAGCCAGGGGAGAUGCGAAGGCAGCAAAAGCGUGCUAUGCGGCGACCAUUCACAAGCCAAAAAUACACACGAUCGAUGCUA